AUGGCUUUCGCAUCCAUCUGCAACCUGUGGUCACAAUGGUUUCCCCCAACAGCAGGUUUCACAGAAAAAGAUGUCCCUUCACAAAGAGGCCGAGUGUUUAUUGUCACGGGUGGUAAUGCCGGAGUUGGCUUCGAGCUGUGCAAGAUUUUAUACGGGACUGGUGCCACUAUAUAUAUGGCAUCGAGAUCAAAGGAGAAAGCCGAAGCUGCAAUCCGGGCAAUCAUUGAAAAUUCAGAGCCUUCGCCUUCUUCCGGUCAGAUCAAAUUUCUCCAAUACGAUCUGAAUGACCUAAAAUCAGUCAAGGCGGCAGCAGCAACAUUCGCACAACAGGAAUCCAAGCUCGAUAUUCUGUGGAACAAUGCAGGGACCGGCGCUAACCUCGUGCCUGUUGGCGCAAAGACAAAACAAGGAUUCGAGGCCAUGAUCGGAAUGCACUGCAUUGCACCACUUUUAUUCUCUGAGCUCUUACUUCCUCAGCUCAGAGCUGCCGUCGCAUCGGGGACUCCGGGCUCAACUCGCGUGAUCUGGACAUCUAGCUUCUUAGCGGAGGGUGGAACACCAAAAAAUGGACUUGAGUUCGAGCAUCUUGAGAACGGGACGACCGAUCGAACGCGUAACUAUGCUGUGUCUAAGUCUGGUAACUGGUUUUUGGGCCGUGAGUAUGCUGAGCGACACGGAAGUGAGGGAAUAGUCAGUGUUGCGCAGAACCCGGGGAAUCUCAGAUCGGGCGCUUAUGAUGGUACACCGAGUUUUCUUAUGCUCUUUGUGAAACCUGUAUUGCAGGACGUCAAGCUUGGGGCUUAUACCGGGAUUUUUGCUGGGUUGUCGUCGGAUAUUUCUUUGGAGAAUAAUGGCGCAUAUGUUAUCCCUUGGGGUCGUAUUAGACCAGAUGAGGAUUGUCCUCGCAAGGAUAUUAUCAAUGCUUUAACUGCUGAAGAGAAGGGUGGACUGGGCUAUGGUAAGAAAUUCUGGGACUGGUGUGAAGAGCAAUGGAAACCGUUCUGCGAAUAG